AUGAGUUCCCCCAAGAGGCGCGUUGACACGGACGUAAUGAAGCUCCUCAUGUCAGACUACGAAGUCACGCUUGUCAACAACAAGAUGUCCGAGUUCUACGUCAAGUUCAAAGGGCCCGUAGAGACACCGUUCGCCAAGGGCGUGUGGAAGAUCCAUGUUGAGCUGCCCGAGCAGUUCCCGUACAAGUCGCCAAGCAUCGGGUUUAUGAACAAGAUCUUCCACCCCAACAUUGAUGAGUUGAGCGGUUCGGUCUGUCUCGAUGUCAUCAACCAAACCUGGUCGCCCAUGUUUGAGCUCAUUAACAUCUUCGAGAUCUUCCUUCCCCAGCUCCUCCGCUACCCAAACCCCACCGACCCUCUCAACGGGGAGGCAGCUGCGCUCCUCAUGCGUGACCCCAAGGCGUACACGAAGAAGGUCGAGUCGUACGUCGACAAGUACGCGUCGGCCGAGGACGCCGACAAGGCGGGCGGCGACGGCGACGGCGACGAGCCCAUGUCUCGUUCCCACCGCGAUCGCGAGCGUAACGGCAACGGUGCCAGCGCUGGCAACGGGCAUUCGAACGGUGUGGACGCGGACGGCGAAGACGAGGACGAGAGCAUGAGCGACAAGAUGAGCGACAUGGGCGAGCUCAGUGACGGCGACGAGUUUAUGGGCGAGAUGGACGAUUAG